AUGUGUCAUAACCGACGGAGAUAUAAUAUGUAUACGAUUGCUUUACUAACCUGUGAAAGUUUGACGAAAAUCCCGUAUUUUAUGAUAUUGAAAGGCCUCAAGCAAGUAACUCAGCAUUGCUUCUCAUUUUGUGCCGUUUACACUGCGAAGUAUGAGUAAUACACCACAAAAUAGCGCUGUCAUUUGUUAAAAUAAACGUUGUUUGAUGUGUCAUUUUGUUUACCAAGGAACGAUGUUUUAAACUCAGACUGAUAUAUUUUGAGAAUGUAAGCUUGAACUCAAAUGUCUUGUCUUUGAACACACAUUUUUGGCGUUAUACUUGUCGGAAUUCAUCGAGCAAUACAUCAAAUUAAAGCUGAGAAACAGAGCUUUCUCAUAUAAUACAUUUCUAGAGACGGCGCUGCUUCUGUCCAGCGUACAAACCCUUUGCAUAUUUACUUCCUGUCUCGUUACCAUGGUAACUUAUUGCUGCGAAACAUUUUGCGCAUUGAAGCGGGAAAUUAGAAUCCUUCUCUGGCCGUCUUUGAGAUGCAAAUUUAAUGCAAAUUUAUGGCAAACGCCAUAAAGGGAAAUACUUGCCGAUAGCGAGCAUUGCCCAAACUUAAUUAAAAAGUCCGACGUUAGACCUGAAGAAGUUGCAUUUACGCUUCACAAUCCGUUCGAACAACUAAACAGUUGGCACAAUAUAAAGCGAACAACAUUGAGUGACUGCUCGUACGUACAGAUACUGAACGUAUUUAUCGGCAAACGGUAUUCUUUAUAGGUUCAGGAAAACUGUUCAAGAGUCGAUGAAUGCCUACGUAUACAUUGCGCGAAAGUAGCAAAACAACUUAUCGGGAAACGUGGGGGAAGUCGGCAAAAUUUACUGGCAAAAGCGAAGAGUGUUGCUAUUCGUCAUAGCGAACUUAGUACUGUUACCUUGGUGAAUGAUUUACAAAGCCAAGUAUCACAGCUUCAAAAUGUAAAUGCGGCGAUUACUAAUGAAAAUAAAAUAUUAAGUGUUAAAUGUAAAGAAGCAUCAACACAGGUAGGCCAAAUCCAAAAGAAAAUAGACAAAGCUACUGUUGACAUUGACAAACUUAAAACGGAGAACAACAAAUUGUACAAUGUAAUCGAAAAAAUUUCGCCCCAAAGAAGAUUUGAGGAUAAGGGGAAAACAUUUGUUGAAGUAGGAAAACGGCAGCAAGAACGCAAACUUCAAACUUUGGCAACAAGAGUGGAGCAAGCGCUUUGGUUCAGUGAAUCUUUUGGACUCCGACUGGACCGUGUUAAAUUGGUUGACGAUUCAGGGCAAGCUCAUUCCUUAUCUUUUAGCUCAGAAAAGAGAUUAAAAUCGUAUAAGGAACUGCCAGGUGAUGAACAGCAAGAUAUACAGCAGGUUUUAUUUAUUAUUUAUUAUGAAUUUUGCAUUGGGGAAGCAGCAUACCACAAGCUAACUUGUUGUCUGGGUGGAGAAGAACUUCCUAGGUCCUAUCUUGUUAAACAGUGUAAAGAUAAUUUAAACAAGCUCUGUUAUAUCGAAAGAACGCCAGGGGAAGCGGAUGGGGCUGCUCUCAAUUUCCAUGACGAGUUAAGCACUGUCAUUGAAAAGAUGGUAAGUUUACUUAUGAAAUAUAUACCAACUAUAUACAGCAGACCAGAUCCAUUUUCAGGAGUCAGUUGCAGAAGUUAUUGUUGACAGUGAGGAUGGUCUGGGGGAAAAGUUGACUUUUGUUUUUGGGUAUUAAAAUCACUUAAGAGUUAAAAUACAAGCCCAGACAAUAAGGCAUGGCAUUGGCAAACUCAGACUGGCCAUUAUGCCCCGAUGACUGUCCAUAGUUAUAUUAUGGUCAGCUAACUGUUGUCUUGCACAAUAGCCAUUCCUGAUUAGCCUGGGCAGUCAUAGCCUGUGUCAUAAAAUGAGUCCUGGAUAAGCUGGGCAAAUUGUAAACAGCAAUCUUGGUUAUGAUAUAUAAGCAAUGUAAUUACAUACCACUCAUGAAGUCAUGUUAUUGUAUAAUGUUUUUAAUUGUCAGGGUCUGGUUGUUCAAAGCUGGAUUAGCAAUAACCCUCGCUUAACCCACUGAGUCACAUUGCACCCUACUUUAGUAUUUUACUCUGUCUAACGCCAGACGAUUUUACUCAUCAAGGAGAGAGUGCUGGUGCUUAAUGGGUUAACUGGCCUAUCUGCCCAUGUGUCUAGUUAACCCAUUGAGUCGCAUUGCACCCUGGUGCACCCUACUUUAGUAUUUUACUCUGUCUAAUGCCAGAUGAUUUUACUCGUCAAGGAGAGAGCGCUGGCGCUUAAUGGGUUAAAAUUUAACCGGUUGUUUUAGUUUGUGUAUUUCUGCAAGUCUGUUUAUUUCAAAACUUCAGAGAAGAAAACUCCUACUGACCCAGACAAGAUUUCUGAAGAAAUAUUUCCAAAUUUAUAAACAAGCUGUUGGGUAGUUUGCUUUGAAUUUUAGGUUAACCUAGGGUUAAGCUAAUCGACCUUUGAACAACCAGCCCCAGAGAUUCAUUCACUAUUUGGAAAGAGUUUACAAUAUUAUUAUAGAAAAAUUACUCAUGUCACAACCUUCAAUUUUCAGAUAGAGUCAGAUGAGAAACUGAGAGACACUGUAAUUAAGGUGAAAAUCAGUGGUGAUGGGGCAAAGAUGACAAGACUGACAAAUUUCAUCAUCAGCUUUUCAAUACUAAAUGCCGAAGAUACUGUGAUGUCAUCAAAAGGUAUUUUCCCAUAAUUUUGUUUCUUUUUAAUAGUUUCAGUUUACAUAGUCAAAUAUUAUUAGUGUAAAUUAACCCUUUAAUUAAGUGUCAAUAUGCCCAGAUGCACCCUACUUUGUUUUUACUCUGUCUAAUGCCAGAUGAUUUUACUUGUCAAGGGAAGAGUGUCCCACUCAAUGGGUUAAUAAAUAAACCAGCUAUAUCAGCUUUAUCAUAAAUACUGCUUUCUCUGUAUUUCCUCAUAUAGGGAAUCAUACAGUUGCUGUUAUCAAGGGUCAUGAGGACUAUGAUCUUUUAAAAAGGUCAUGCUCAAAGAUUUUUGAUGACAUCAAUAAGUUAGGAAGAGCAGGACAAAUCAAAAUCAAGGAUAAAAAUGUACCCAUUGAGAUAUUUGUUGGAGGCGAUUACAAGGUAAUAUUUGCAUCAUAA